AAAAAAUUAAUAAACAAAUAUAUAUAUAUAUAUAUAUAUAUAUAUAUAUAUAUAUAUAUAAAAUUGCACAUAUAUAGUUGCACGGAACGGAAGAAAAAUUGAGCGAUUCGUUCGCUCGAAUUAUGGUGUGCCAUCAUAAUCAUCAUUGUCAUACGGGCCUCCUAAGGGCCAGCAGCCACCGUAGCUGCGCCUUUGGGAGGCGAGGAGACCACGUACCGUCGGUACUACGCGUUUUCCUCUUGAUAUUGGCACUUUGGAUGCCGGUACUUGACAACGGUGCUCUUGUACUCGCCUGCGGACCCGGCAGAGGCGCCGGAAGACGUCUUGGUCCGAAGAAGGUCACGCCUCUUGUCUUUAAACAGCACGUGCCCAACGUCAGCGAAAACACGCUACCGGCAAGUGGACUCAGCGAUGGACGUGUGUCAAGACACGAUCCAAGAUUUCGUGAUCUUGUGCCAAACUAUAAUGCCGAUAUCAUUUUCAAGGACGAGGAGGGUACCGGUGCCGAUAGAUUCAUGACGCAGAGGUGCAAGGAGAAAUUGAACACCCUAGCAAUCUCGGUAAUGAACCAAUGGCCCGGAGUGAAGCUGAGAGUAACAGAGGGCUGGGACGAGGAGGGAAAACAUGCAACCGAUUCUCUUCAUUACGAAGGACGAGCCGUUGACGUGACGACGAGUGAUCGCGAUCGAUCGAAGUACGGAAUGUUGGCGAGACUCGCAGUCGAAGCUGGUUUUGAUUGGGUUUAUUACGAGUCCAGAUCCCAUAUACAUUGUUCCGUUAAAUCUGAAUCAUCAUCAGCAGGCAAGUCGGGUGGCUGUUUCCCUGGGAAAAGUUAUGUCAGAACGGAGAACGGUCGACGGAAGAGGGUGGACGAGAUCGAAUUAGGCGAACGCAUAGCUGCCAUGAAUUCUCAGGGCGAAUUGAUCUACAGCGAGGUGAUAGCUUUCUUGGAUAGGUCGCCAACUGAGAGACGGCAAUUUGUUAGACUUAUUACGGAAUCUGGACGAGUGUUGACCUUGACCCCAGCACAUUUGGUACCGAUUAAGGAUAAAUCGACGAUAUUUGCUGCGAGGGUACGAAUAGGGGAUAAAAUUCUUGUGGCCGAGAAGAAAGAGGAUCCUACGUUUUCCAUAAUGGAGAAUAUAUUGAACAAUGAAGUGUAUUCGCGUGAUCAACGUCUUCGUUGGGAUCGAGUGAUCGAAACGAGAUUGAUCCUUGAGAAGGGUGUUUUCGCGCCGCUUACAAUGGAAGGAACAUUAUUGAUCGACGACGUCAUAGCAUCUUGUUAUGCCGUAAUUGAUAGUCAAACUUUGGCACAUUAUUCCUUUUAUCCUUUGCGAAUUUGGAAGAAUUUAGAAUCGUUCUUCGUUCGAAGAUCAUAUUCGUUUAAAGAUACGAUCGACGUAGAUCGGCCAGAUAUCAGGCAAGAAAGGACUAAUAACGAGACAAUGAAUACCGAUCUUAAUGUAAACGAUAAGAAGUACAACGGAGUACAUUGGUACGCAUCGUUUCUAUAUAAUUUUGCCUCUUCUUUUUUACCACGUAACAUGCUUUACAAUUAAUUAUGACAAUUGUUUAACAUGCCGAAGGAUAGAAGAGGAAAAACAAAUAAAAGGUUGCCCCUUUUUUCUCUUAUAAGAUUGUUAAUCCUUUGAUUGAAAUCAACAAUACUUUGCUUUAUUAUCUCUCUCCUCUCGUGUGUUCUUCCAAGGACACGCUUUUAUCUAAUCUCUCUCUCACUUUCUCUCUCUCU